AACCAACGCCAAGCGGAACCAAUGAGCGCGCACAUGUUUCUCAUCGUUUAAGGGGAACGCGAGCGGUGACGGACCAGGAAGUCAUCUUGCCGGUGUGCAGGGAUUGAAGGAGAUUUGACCGAUAUCCUGCAGAAUGCUGAAUUAUGUGAUUCUUGUUUUGACUGCCAUUUCCUAAAUAAAGGAGAUUUACCUCAAACAACACAAGAAGACAUGUUUUAAUUUGACAUGGCAAUGGCCAGCAGAUUUCUCUUACAAAUCCAUCAUACUGGAUGCAUCACGUCCACGGUUAUCCCUGCAGCUACUCGACUGGACCCACGGCUCUGCUAUGGUCAUGUGCCAAGGUGGUUCCAUUGCAGUCCAGCGUUUUGCAAGAGUAAAUCAGACAGUACAAAUCUUCAGGAAAUAAUAGAGCAUGAGACUGAGAAAAAGACUAAAUCUUUGGUCACACACGAUGAUCUGUUUGAGCAAGCAGCCAGAGAUGCAAAGAGCAAAGCCAAUUUCACCCGAGUGCUGGACACCUUCAACAAGAAGGACAUCCGCCGGCGUGGGCAUGUGGAGUUUAUUUACGCUGCUCUGAAGAAAAUGCCUGAAUUCGGAGUGGAGCGAGACAUCACAGUCUACAACAAACUCUUGGAUGUAUUUCCCAAAGAGGUGUUUGUGCCACGGAACUUUAUUCAGAGGAUGUUCAACCACUACCCCAGGCAACAGGAGUGUGGCGUGCAGGUGCUGGAGCAAAUGGAAAAUUACGGAAUUAUGCCUAACAUGGAAACUAAAGUCCUCCUGGUUCAGAUCUUUGGAGAGAAGAGCCACCCGAUGAGGAAGUACCAGCGUAUCAUGUACUGGUUUCCCAAAUUCAAGAAUAUAAAUCCAUUCCCAGUGCCUCAUGAGCUCCCGCAAGACCCAGUGGACCUUGCCCGCUUCAGCCUCACCCGCAUCACUAAUGACCUGGAUGCUAAAAUUACUGUUUAUCAGCUUCCCUCAACACACAUCACAGAGGCAGGAGAGGAGAUCUCACACCCACAUAUCGUUGGCAUCCAGAGUCCAGAGCAGUGCGGUCUGCUUGCCAAGCACAACCCAAACAGACCUGUGUUUGUGGAAGGCCCCUUUCCUCUGUGGCUCAGGAAGACCUGUGUACAUUAUUAUCUGCUCCGAGCCGACCCUAUCCCCCCUGAAGAGCAGAAAGAGGAGGAUCCUGAUCCUGAGUUGAUUGGUCCAGAGCAGAGCUUCUUCUAUCCCCAGUAUAUUGACCUUGACCUCAACAGAGACUUGGGAGACGAUGACAGAUUUGAUGUGGAUGAUGUGGUGGAAGGGGCAGUCUAUGCCAUGUGCAUGACAGGACAGGGUGAUCAGGCUACACUAGCCAAGUGGAUCAGUGGGCUGCAGGAGAACAACCCAGUCUUAGGGCAGGUUCCCACUGUGUUUCGUCUCGAUUCUGGAUUCAGAGAACUGCAGAAAGCUGAAGAUACUCGCCAUGAUUCUGAACAAAAUCAACAUCCGGGAGCUGAAGACGAGCACAUCAUAGAGGAGGAAGUAUUGCACUCACAGGGUAUGAAGCGGUGACUGGGCAGCAGUCAGUGGAGUGUGUGUUUUUGGAAAUUAGUCAAGAGCUAGACAAAGGCCUUGGGCUCUGGUUUGUCCCUCGAGUAGCCAAAUGCUGGUAACCUUAUUUGUUAAAUAAACUAAGAUUAUUUGGCUACAACAAGAUGCUUUGUGUUGGCUCUCAAUUCAGAUACUACUAUCGUUUUUUCUUUCAGUUCACAUAGAGCUGCACAGAUUAUACCAUAGAGUAUACCAUUUGAAAGUAUAUUUGAGACUGGUGUUAAGAUAAUUUCAUGAGAAAGGUACCCUACUGAAGGUUGCAUAGUGUUGUUUGUGUGAGUUUGCUAAAAGCUAUCAGUAAAAUAAAUAAGUUCUCUUUAUACAUCCCUGUUCUGUUUCUGCAGUCUUUGGUGGAAACAUUGGGGACAAGUUUCUGUAAAGCAACUAACCAUUAAUGUGUUGUUACAUGGUAGAGCGAGCAUCAGAUCGAACACUCUAGCAGUUAAGAUGGUGUUAUUUUUACAGUGCUUUGAGAAACUAGGUUCUGUCCAGAACAAAACUGAACAAGAGAUUUCUGAGGAAUUUACAUUUGUCAUAAGUUCUGCAAAUCUAAGAAUGGUGUGCAAACUUGUUUUCACCUGAUGCAAAGGGAAAUGAAAGUUAAAUGUGCUGGAUUAGUUUUGACUAAGUAUGAUUAACAACAGAUGUGAGGCAGUAAGUAUAUAAAUAUCAUUUCAAAGCUGUAUUACUGAAACCAGUUUUUAUAAAGCAGAUUACUGUUCCAAUACAAUUCUGAUGUAGAUUUCAGUUUGGUUUAUGUUUUUUAAAUAAGUAAUUAAAUAAGUAAAUAAGAAUUGGUGUAUCCUAUUUUUAUAUUGCUCUUCACUAUUCUAAGAAUUUCUAAAUGUACUAUAUAUAAUUUUCAUUUCCUAUUACUCAUUUAUAUUAGUCAUUGCCAUCCUUCUGAUUUAACCCCCUCCAAACAUUUUAGAGGUAUUUCCCCAAUUAAAUUAAAUGACAUUUGUCAAACUUUCAAGAUAAAACCACUAAACCUGUUGAGCUUUUGAGUAUAAAUGCAAUCUGCUUUUCUCAUCUCUAGUCAUAUUUUCCCCAAACAUGUUAAAAUAUGUCCCAAACAUAUUUAAUGCCGUUAUGUUUUUUAUAGCAUACGAGCUAUAAAAAACAUGCCUUCAUGCCUCCAUCAUCCAACAGAAACUCACUGACUUCCUUAAAAUUUACUAUUUAAGUGUUCUAAUAUCGACCUUUAAAUCUUGUGACUAAACAGAGUUCAGAUGUGACACAAGAGUCAGAAAGUAAAAUGAAUACCAAAUUCUUUAUUCUUUUCCCAGAACAAAAAGAUUUUUAUUAAAACAGAAAUAAUUGCUGUAUGUAUAGCAAAUGCACACUUAAACAUCAUUAACAUGAAUGGUUCAGUGAGAUCACUAUGUAACGUAACAGGUGUGUGGGUGUGUGUAAGUAUGUAGUAUUAAAUAGUAACAUCUUAAAAAAGGAAGGCAAUGCUCUGAGGAAAUGAUAAGCACCAGGGUGAAAGAAACAGCAUGCCAUUGAAGAGGUCUACAGUAUCUCAAAUUCGACUCCUCAGUUUGUGAAAGAUCCAGAACACAAACAGCUAUGGAGGUUAAUGUUGAAUGUUAAACACAGAUGAAUACAUGGAUGCACAUAGAUGAAUGUAUGUAAACAUAAAUGUAUAAAAUUGAUAUCAUUUGCACGCAUUUAUAUUGGAUGUAUCACUUUGUCCCCUCUCUAAGAAAAAGUUUGCAAUACAGCAAUGCAGUACAAUCCAGAUGAAAACACCAUGUGUUUGGUGUUUACUAUAAAAAGAGCUUUAACAUGCUCAGGCAGAGUAUGCCUCAAAUGUCCCUCUGUGCUUUUGUGUUUUGCUUAACAAAUACAUUUCAGAUUUCCA